GCUCUUUUCCAUCCUGUGUCCGCUCAUAUUUAUGCAUUAGGCGUUUCUGCAGUGAGUCGCUGGAUAUUGAUGUGUUGUAAGGAGGUGUUCCCAGUCCUUCCUCCCUCCCUCCCUCCCUCUCUCCCUCUCACUCUCCUGCCUGCUCCCUCCGUGCUGCUGAUCCGUGGGGUCUCUGUGUGCGCUCAGACGCGUUUGGCGUUCAGACUCGUAAGAACCCCAAUGGCCCCCCUGCAACGACGGGACUGCGCUAACCAGACGACCAGCCCCGGCUCCGAGUGCUCCUAGCGAAGGCAGGACCCAGAGUCCGGGAGCCUGCUCCUGGAAUACCGCAUUGUUUUGUAAUUUUCCAGCCAGAGAGAGAAAGGUGAAGAUGCUGAUGAUGAGCCCGCGAUGGUGGAUUUCCCUUUUGUGCGUCUGUGGACUGAUGCACGUCGCUCACCAGAGCAGCACAAAUGCACGAAAUGGAGACGCCUUGCUGAACAUGAAGGCUCUUCGUGAUGCUGGCAGGUUCGUGGGGAAGGAGGACACGGUGCCUCUCCGCCUGCUCUUCAGCAGGCACAAUCUCAGCCAGAUCACGCAGGAUGAGCUCAGCACCAGGGUCAAAGCGAGCCCCGGCUCCACGCAGGUGAACCACGUGGCCCAGGCGACCUUUAAAGUCGAGGCUUUUGGGAAGGAAUUCAUCUUGGAUGUGGAACUGAAUCAUGAUCUGCUGUCUUCAGGAUAUGUGGAAAGGCAUUUGUCGGAUAAAGGGAAGGCCAUCAUCACCAAUGGAGGAGAGCACUGCUACUACCAGGGGAAGGUCAGAGAAAUCCCUCACUCCUUUGUGGCUCUGUCAUCUUGUCAUGGAUUACAUGGGAUGUUUUUCGAUGGCAAUCACACCUACAUGAUUGAACCUGGAGGACAGGACGGCAGCACUGGAGACGUCCAAAUUCACAUGAUAUACAAAUCUGCAGAGGAGGAGGGAUUUAAAAAAUUCCUAAAUGGAGAUCUGCCAGAGCCACCUUUUCCCAGCCCUCCAUUUCCUGGGUCAAAGGUUGUUCACAGGAGAAAAAAGAGACAGGCUCCACAUGUGUCCCACAGUGUAGAGGACGAGACAAAAUACAUUGAGUUGAUGGUGAUCAAUGACCAUUUAAUGUAUAAGAAGCACCGGCUUUCCGUUGGGCACACAAAUAACUAUGCUAAGUCAGUGGUCAAUAUGGCUGACAUGAUUUUCAGAGAGCAGCUUAAUACACGGAUUGUGCUGGUUGCCAUGGAAACCUGGUCCGCCGACAACAAGUUCAACAUUGACGAUGACCCCAUGGUGACCCUGAAGGAGUUCAUGAAGUACAGAAAAGACUUCAUUAAGGAGAAAUGUGACUCUGUUCAACUCUUCUCAGGGAAUCGCUUUCAUAGCAGUUGGGGCGGAGCUUCUUACAUGGGAGGAGUUUGCUCUCUCACUAAAGGAGGUGGAGUGAACGAGUACGGGAAAACGGAUGAGAUGGCCAUAACCCUCGCUCAGCUGCUUGGACAGAACAUCGGCAUCUUCUCGGACAAGAAGAGGAUCCUCAACGGUGAAUGCAAGUGUGAUGAUCGCUGGUCAGGCUGUAUCAUGGAUGAUGUUGGCUUCUACCUGCCAAAGAGGUUCUCUGACUGCAAUGUGGAGGAGUACCACAACUUCCUGAACAGUGGAGGAGGAGCUUGUCUGUUCAACAAACCUCUGAAGCUGUUGGACCCUCCAAUCUGUGGUAACGGCUUUGUGGAGCCAGGAGAGGAGUGCGAUUGUGGCAGCCCGGCGGAGUGUGCCAGAGAAGGGGAAAACUGCUGUCAGAAAUGUACGCUGACUCAAGGCUCAAAGUGUAGCAACGGACUCUGCUGCAACAGUUGCCAGAUGGAGGUGAUGGGGGUCGUGUGUCGAGACGCAGUGAAUGACUGUGAUAUCCCAGAAAACUGCACAGGCAACUCCAGCCAGUGUCCACCCAAUGUUCAUAAGAUGGAUGGCUACACAUGUGAAAAGGAUCAGGGUCGCUGCUUCAAUGGAAGGUGCAAAACCAAAGACCGACAGUGCAAGUACAUCUGGGGAGAGAAGGCAACAGCAGCUGACAAGUUCUGCUACGAGAAGCUCAACAUUGAGGGGACAGAGAAGGGCAACUGUGGGAAAGACAAGGACACCUGGAUCCAGUGUAACAAACAGGAUGUUCACUGUGGUUACCUGCUGUGCUCCAACAUCUCACCUGCGCCGCGGCUGGGAGAGCUGCAGGGAGGACUGACUUCUUUCUCUGUAGCACGACACAGUGCUUCUCUUGACUGCAGCGGCGCUCACGUGGUGAUCGAUGGAGACACUGACCUGGGCUAUGUGGAGGACGGGACAGCCUGCGGGACAGACCGGAUCUGUUUCAAUCGUAAAUGUCUCCCAAUGCAACAGUUCAACUUCAGCACCUGCCCGGGGACCACCGACAAGAUCAUCUGCUCUGGACACGGGGUGUGCAGUAGUGAACUGAAGUGUGUGUGUUACCUGGGCUGGGCUGGAGACGACUGUAACUCCACGUCCCCUCUCAGUUAUCUCAUGGUUGGACCGACUGCCUCUGUUUCAGGUAUCACCAGUACAAACAUCGUAGUCGGGGCCAUUGUGGGCUCCAUGCUCUUCCUCGCGCUCAUACUGGCUGUAACAGCGUGGUGCUACAAGAGCUAUACACAGAGAUGCUACGAUGAGUCCAAUGUUCACCGAAGAUUCUGCCGGCAAAUGCCCCCAGGUGACUAUGUCACAAAGCCUGGGGAUGCAGAUUCAUUUUACAGUGACAUGCCUCCGGGGGUCAGCACAAACUCUGGCUGCAGCUCCAAGAAGAGGUCAGCCUGCCUGUCGCACCUGCAGAUUUGCACCCUGUCCUUCACUCCCUCCAUCCCAUCCAUUUCUCAGAACAUCUCACUGUUUGGCUUCAGGUCUAAUGGACUGUCACACUCCUGGAGUGAGAGAAUCCCAGAUGCAAAACACAUUUCAGACAUCUGUGAAAACGGGCGACCAAGGAGCAACUCAUGGCAAGGAAAUCUUAGUGGGAAUCGAAAAAAACUGAAAGGAAAGAAGUUCCGCGCUCGCUCUAACUCCACAGAGUAUUUAACCCCUCGCAUCAAAACAGAGUUUUAUGAUGUAACUAAAUGGGUAGAAGAUGUGAAUAGAAACACUCGAGGACCUUACCUUAGGACGCUAUCCCCUGCCAAGUCUCCCACUUCCUCUACAGGAUCUAUUGCAUCCAGCAGAAAGUACCCGUACCCCAUGCCCCCUCUCCCCGAUGACCAGAGAAAAGCCAACAGGCAGAGUGCCCGGCUGUGGGAGACUUCAAUAUAACAGCCGUGUAACCCAUUCAGCAAAAGACCUUAAGGAACUACACUUGUCUCUCCUUGUCUAUGAAUGAAAAACACACAAAAAUGAAACGAAAUUGACUCUUAAACGACUAAUGAGGAAGAGAUAGAUAGAGAGAGCCCCCAACCGGAGUGGAACUAGGCAGCAGUGUGUGCGAGUUGGUGUGAGUUGGUGCGUAAAACCAUCUCUGAGGCCAUCGAGCCUUCACAUUCAGUGGACCCCCACUCGAUGAUGCAGAGUGAUGGCAGAGAAACCAGCUCCAUAUCCACUCCAGACCAGCUGAAGCUGAGACUGAGCUGUUCAGUCCGACAGGACUCAAAACCCCCACCACUCUGAGCCCUCACGCCCACCAAACCCCCACCAACCCCUGUCCCCGAAACCUUAAACCACAACACAUCCUCCUUGACUCCACUCUCGUCACACUCACUCACUCACGUCAGCGCCACAGUUUCCUGCGAUUUCCCCAGGAGCAGGUCAUCGUAUCACACGGCAUCGUUUGGAUUUUGUCGGACCAUUUUGACGCACGCGAAUCACUGUAGAAACACUGUAUGCAUGAGAUAAACCUGUUUAUCAGCAAACUCCUCCCACUGACGAGACGAGAAGAGAAGAGCAGCAAUCUGAUCAGAAAGGAAAAGCAUGGUGGCGGGGGGACAGUGAUUUUAUACCUUCUGUAGGCUUUGAUGCUUUCUCUCCAUUAUAGGCAACACAUAUUAUAUCAACAAUUAUAACCCAUAAGCCAAGACAUGGACGCAACCCUCACCUUCCUCCUCCUCCCAUUGCCUUGUUUGUGUGUGUGUAAAUAUGUACAGUAAAAAAAACAGCAUAGAGUAUGUUUUUGCUUUUAUUUUGAAGGAGGAAAAGUUCCUCUUCCUUGUGUUGUUGUGCUGUAGACAGAAGUCUCUGUAGAUGAGUGUAGAGACACACCUGUCUGUAAUUGUACUUUCUGUCCUAAUCCCCCCCCCUCCCCCCAACAACACUUUCCUGUGUGACUGUGACCUCUAAGGUUUUCUCCAUCCAUCCAUAGCAGAAUGUGUUCAUAUUAGCACUGGUUUCCAUCCAUCUUUGGGAGAAAUGCACAGACGUGACGGAACACCACAGGAAGAUAUUGAUUGUGGCACAGUUAAGGAUGUCACUGCAAUGGUAUUAAUUUAGAUGAAUAGUUUUACGUGCCAUUCCCGUGUGAAGCGAAUGGACUGAGAUGUGUCUGACGUAGUUAUAGAUUUACCACGUUUCACUCGUGUGGUUUUUUGCAAGUUUCCCCCCUUGACGUGUCAGGUUGUCCUUGAAUUACGUGCUCCCGUUCCCGCGAUGAGAGCACGCGGUGUCAUGAUGAGUGUCGCGACACUGCAACAAUCUUGAGAUGUGCAUUUUGGAUUUAGCUGUGAUGAUUGAGAUAUUUAGCUUGUAAAUGAUUAACUAUGCUGUACAGUGUUUGAGCUUGUGAAGACCAACAGCAUGACAGUUCUAUAUCAAAUUGCAUUAUUUCUCUGGUAGGCUGUUUGUAGGACCACAACGCGGAGCAGAGAGCAUGUCACUGAAAGACUGUUUCCCCCUCACGGCCUACUGCACAGAAUACACUGUCUUUAGGACAAUGCAGAGCAGGAAAUCACUGGGUUUGAUGAUCGAUAAAGAAGGAUUUGUCAUGUAGCUAUUUAAGGUGGAAUUCCCUGGAAACUAUCACUUCUUUGUACAGUUACAACUCAUUGCUCUACCUUGUGUAGACACUGUUGUCUUAAGGCCUCACGUUUGUCAUUUAUUGUUGUUUAGUUUUAGUUCCUGCGUGGACACCUGUUCAUUUGUAAUUCAUGUAUGCAUUAGGACUGUAUAGGUAAUAUGAUUGUCACAAUAUUGGACUAAUAUUGCUAUUAGUAUCUUUUUCUUAAGUACCUUUGUAAUGUUCACCUUUUUCUCAGCAUUAUGUACAGCAAGUGUCCAAACUUGUUAUUUAGUGCAUUACUUGUAAUUCUGUGUGUUUAAUGGGUUUGAUUGGACACAUGAUGAUGAUUUUUUAAAACAUUCUUUUCCCCUCUGGCAUGUGCUGAUCUGUAUUGUUUAAGAUUUGGACACAGGUGUUACAACGCGGCUCUGAAUGGGCUCAUGAUUUGCCUUCGUCCAGAGAACUCUUUCUCACCCUGGUUCUCCUGUGUCCAGUGGUCCAGGCUGUGGAGCUCGAGAUCAUGAUACUGUAUGUUUUUUCCCAGUGUCAAUGACACUCCACUUUAGAUGGGACCAUGCAGGCUGCAGUCCUUCCACACCUGGCAUGAUCUGCUGUUAUCUCCCUGCACACACAGGUGGACGGGCCAAUCCUUACUGGCGACUUUGACAAAAUGCCUCCACAAACGAGUCGUCUGUCUCUGUGUGGCCACAGACUUGAAUGUAUCUUAUGUCCUGGAGCACAGCCACCACAGCCAGACAUAUAACCAUGUAGUCCUGUUCUGCCAGAACACAUCGACACUCUGCUGCUCCAGGAACCGUAGAAGCGCCCACAUGUAUUAGUUCAAAUCUUAAUACUGACGUUGCUGACAGUUUGUCAUUUUAUUUUUUUUAAUUAAUGCCUGUAUGUUGUACAGACUAAUGAUGCAAAAAUCAAUCCCCAUAUUUUUCCUCCCUCUUAAUCGGUCAGUAUUGUAAUAUAUUUAAUAUAAAAUAAAACUUUCAUCAACACAA